AUGUCUAUGCGCAUCGUCCCCGCCGCCGACAACCCGACCUCGUUCACACACCUGCGGAGCGCGGGCGCGCCGUCGGCCCCGGGCCUGCACGACACACUCCGGCACGGGCUGGGCGCCGCCUCGGGUGCCGACAGCAGCAGCAGUGACGUGCCCGUGUCGCGGCACCCGCUCGAGUCGCGGCUCAAGGCCUGGGAGGCGACGCAGGCGUCGGUGCGCAUGGAGGUGCUGCGCAAGACGUACGGCAUGGCCGAGCCCAUCCGCCGCGGCAUGGAGGCCAAGAUCGUCGCCGACGGCUCGUGGCGGCCGCUGGCGCUGUCGGGCGGCAAGAGCGCCGCCAGCGUCCACGACGACAUCCUGCGCGGCCGCGAGGCCGCCGUCGACUGGGAGGACGUCUUCACCGGCGAGGAGCAGCAGUCGGCCGUCGGCAUCCACGACGAGAUGGAGCGCAAGCUGAAGAUGUAG